AUGAUCACCUUCACUCCUCUCUCGGGCGCGGCUCGCUCUGCACGGACUGUACCGUUGGCAUAUCUCCUGCAAGUCGACGACGUACGCAUUCUACUUGAUUGCGGCUCUCCAGACUGGUGUCCAGAGCGCGUACAUGCAGAUGAGGACGAGAAUGAACCCUUGCCUUGGGAGAAGUACUGUGAUAAUCUCAAGGAGUGCGCGAUUGCACCAACUGUAGACCUUGUGUUACUAUCUCACGGAGACUUGUCUCACUCCGGGUUCUUUCCUUAUGCCCACGCAAACUGGGGACUGAAGGCUCCCGCGUACAGCACGUUGCCGGUACAAGCCAUGGCACGGGUCGCCGCUUCGGAAGACGUGGAUGGAAUCCGGGACGAGGAGGACGUUGGGGACCAACCUGAGGAACCAGCAGAGGAAACAACGGGGGAGGUUGCUCCAUCGUCCCCUUCCCCUUCACCGGAGCAGCAAGCUCCUUCUCCUACCACUACGUCUCCAGCCAAACGGCGAAGAUAUGUUGCUACCUCCCACCAAGUCGUGGAAGCAUUCGACUCCGUGACCGUCUUGAGGUAUUCCCAGCCAUGCCAUCUUCAAGGGAAAUGCCAGGGUUUGACAAUCAUCCCUUUCAAUGCCGGACGUUCACUCGGUGGAACCAUUUGGAAGAUCCGUUCGCCCUCGGCCGGAACCAUCCUCUACGCUGUGGAUAUGAACCACAUGAAGGAACGACAUCUUGAUGGCACGGUCCUCAUGAAGCCCGCCGGCGGUGGCGUUCUCGAGAGUUUGGCGCGACCAGACUUGCUCAUCACCGACGCUGAGCGCGCCGAUGUCACAACGGCCCGGCGCAAGGACAGAGACGCAGCUCUGCUUGACUGUGUCACUGCAACGCUCACCUCCCGCAACUCCCUCCUCCUCCCCUGCGACUCCAGCACUCGCGUCCUAGAGCUGCUCGUUCUGCUUGACCAGCACUGGAAUUACUCCAGACUCAAGUACCCCAUCUGCCUUCUGUCCAGGACAGGCCAGGAGAUGCUCACGUUCGUGCGGAGUAUGAUGGAAUGGUUUGGAGGUACCAUCAGUAAGGAGGACGUCGGUGACAGCGGAAACAACGACGGGAGGCGAGACCGGAGGAGAAGAGAUGAGGACAACGAUGAGGACGCUCUUGGUGCACUUGCCCUUCGCUUCAAGCACGUCGAGUUUUUCAUGACCCCCCAGUCACUGCUUCAAACAUACUCGAACAAAGACCCUAAACUCAUCCUCGCCGUCCCCGCCACUUUGUCUCAUGGCCCCUCUCGUUCACUUUUUGCGGAGUUUGCGGAGAUUCCCGACAACGUUGUGCUCCUUACCGGCCGCUGUGAGCCUGGGACACUCGGCCGUCAGCUCUUCGACAAGUGGAACGACUCCCAGCGCGAAGAGGCCAAGUGGGACCGCGGCAAGAUCGGGAGCAACAUCAUGAUGGACGGCGUCCUCAAGCUCGAGAUCCAUUCCAAGGUCCCGCUCGAGGGCGCCGAGCUUGAGGAGUUCCUCGCGAAAGAGCGCGUGGCGCGCGAGAAGGAGGCCGUGCAUCAAGCGGCGCUCGCGCGCACCCAGCGCAUGCUCGAGGCGGACGAGGCGGAGAGCGAGAGCGACUCGGACGACGACAACUCGGACGACGACGAAGACGAAGAAGUCGACGAGGUCGAGCGCACGCUCAGCGCGGAAAUGGCGGUGGAUGAGGACGAGGAUACGGCGAAGCUGGCGGCGCGCACGACCAGGCGGCAGAAGCGCAAGCGGGACGCGGACGGCGGCGGGGCCGGCGGGGAGUGGGGGCUGAACGAGGGCGACGAGGGCGUCACUCGGAUCUCGUUCGACAUUUACCUCAAAGGAAACGUGGCGAAGGCGACGAGCUUCUUCAAGAGCGCGGAUGGGCAGACGCAGCGGUUCAGGAUGUUCCCGUACGUGGAGAAGAAACGGCGGGUGGACGAGUACGGGGAGACGGUCGACGUCGCUAUGUGGUUGAGAAAGGGGAAGGCGUUGGAGGAGGAUGCGGAAAGUGAAGAGACCAAGGAGGCAAGGAGGAGGAAAGAGGAGGAAGAAGCGAAGAAAACGGUCCGCGAGCCGCCAUCGAAGUUCGUAAUGAGAACAGCGGAGGUGCAACUUGCGUGUCGACUGUUCUUUGUCGACCUGGAAGGUUUGAACGAUGGCCGUGCAGUGAAGACUAUCAUUCCGCAGGUCAACCCGCGGAAAAUGAUCAUUGUCCAUGCCCCUGAGUCUGCAACCAACGAGCUGAUCGACAGCUGUGCCAAAAUUCGAGCCAUGACCAAGGAGAUCUAUGCUCCGAAUGAGGGCGAGACUGUUCAGAUCGGUCAACAUACCAACAGUUAUUCGCUUUCACUGAGCGACGACCUGCUUGCGUCCAUCAGGAUGUCUAGGUUCGAAGACAACGAAGUUGGCUAUGUGUAUGGCCGCAUAUCCAACGUCGCGUCGUCUACUAUCCCUGUUCUAGAAGUAGCCGCCCACACGCAGGUGGCCACGACACAGCGCCAGCCGGCACGAGGCCGAAUACUCGGAUCGCGACCCACACAAGCCUUGCCCCAGUCGACCAUGAUUGGCGAGCUCAAACUUACGUCUCUCAAGGCGCGACUCGCGUCGGUUGGCGUCCAGGCCGAGCUCGUCGGCGAAGGUGUCCUGGUUUGUGGCGCGGCAGCGAAGCGCGGACAAGGCGCGGACCUACAUGGAGAUUCAGUGGCGGUCCGGAAGACCGCGCGGGGGAAGGUCGAGGUGGAGGGCUCCGUCUCGGACAUCUACUAUGUCGUGCGGAGGGAGAUAUACGGUCUGCUUGCUCUCGUUGCUGCGUAG